AUGAGCACCCCCGCCAUUCGACGUCGGACUCCCAAAAGCCAGCGUCGAAAAGAUGGUCUGAUUCAGUACGCAAAAGAUAUCACAUCACAAAACGGAGAAGAUGGCAUCAUUGAGGCAAUCUUUCAAAGGAUCCCGCCCUCCAAUACCAAUACUACUAAUACUACAAGAUACUGUGUCGACGUUGGCGCGUGGGAUGGCAAGCAUCUGUCCAAUACGCACUCACUUUUAACUCCUCCAGACUCUUGCUGGCAGGGGGUGUUGAUUGAAGCUGAUCCUCACCGUAUACAUGACCUGAAACAAUUGCACGAACCGUUGGGAAACUUGUGCAUUCAUUCGACUGUUUCCAGCAAUGUGAACUCUGAAAACUCGCUGCUGUAUAUACUCCAACAUCGGGCGAAUCAUGUUCCGAAGGACUUUGAUUUCUUGAGCAUUGACGUGGAUGGCUCUGACUAUUGGCUGUUGCAUGACAUUUGGAAUCCACCAACAUCGAAAGAACAAACAUAUCGACCGAAAGUGGUAUGCAUCGAAGCCAAUCCCACCAUGCCCAACGACCUCAUUUACAUUCCUCCACGUAACGAUACGAUUCGUCACGGUUCCUCAUUGGCAGCACUUGUCGAGUUGGCGGAACAGAAUGACUAUGUCCUCAUUGAAACAACAAUCUACAACGCAUUCUUUGUGCCACAAGAGAUCUAUACGAAACACUUUUCCGAAUUGGUGCCAGAUACCUCGAUCGAAGCUCUUCGCGAGAUGACCAUGGGAACCUCAAUUUAUCAACUGUAUGACGGUACCCUCAAGCUCUGGGGCUGCAAGAAAAUGCUGUGGCACAACAUGCCAAUGGAUGAAGCCAAGCUACAAGUAUUGCCUCCACAGAAACGAUCGUUUCCAUUCGCACCGCAGACUUCCAGCAUGGCAGAAAGUGCAUUUUUCAAGUCGACUUCCAUUGUGGUCGACAUGAGUGCAUAUUGUAAAGACUCCUCUUCACAACAACAAGGUAAUGAAAAAGAGGAGUCACAGGAAGCUGCAGCAGUAAAACGAGAGUGUGCCUCGGAAAUUGUCCGCCAACUCAAAUACGAUGGAUUCGUCCUCGUCAAAGGAACAGGAAUGUCUCAGCAAGUCUGCCAAGAUGCCUUGGACAAUACCCAUGCCUUUCUUCAAGAGGCGGACGAAUCAGUACGUCGAUCCUGUCUCACCAAAGAUCGAGCCAGGCGAGGUUACAGUCCAAUGUGCACCGAGAACUUUGCCUCGCUGAUUGGAGAGGAUGGUCCGAACGAUUUGGUGCGCAAAUUCCGCAUAGGACCAACCACAAUAGCCGAAAUUGGAGCGCAAACUGAAAGGACGGAGGAGAUAUCCGCUGCGAGCAGUGGUACUCCAAGUUCCAGUCCGCUGCACAGUCCAAAUGUGUGGCCUUCCAGUGAAGUAUGGGACGAACAUUCGAGUACAGCUUUUCGGAAUGCUACCGAGACCUACUACGAGCGAAUCUGCAAGGUUUCACAUUCCAUCGUUCAAGCAAUUUGUCAUGGCAUCAUGUUCGAAGAGCAUCAGAGCAACCCUGACCAGCAAUCGACAUUAUCGUCGUUGCAAGCAAUCGCAAGCAAAGAUAUUUCGGACCACACCUCGAUUCUUACACUCCUAGGGUACAGAAAAGGGACCCGGCACAAGAAGACGCAAAAGAAACGACAUGUCCAUCCACUUGUAGCAGCACACACCGACGUUGGAGUCAUUACCGUACUCCUCUUUGAUGGUGGCAAUUCAGCCUUGCUCCAACGAAAGUCCUCUCCGACAAAUGAAAACAACGAUGAGGAUCAAUGGACCAACGUAACCUUGCCACCAAUGGUUCCAGAAGACCCGAUAUUCGUGGUCAACAUUGCUGACUGUCUUUCAGAACUCAGUAACAAUUGCUUACCCUCGACACUACACCGGGUCAUGCCAGGAUCUGGAGUCUCUCCCAGAAAUUGUCUAGCUCUUUUUGUCGGACUGCAACCACAGGAAAUGUUACACUUUCAUCAUGAUCAUGACAAUGGUCAACAAGACGGCACGAUCAUGACGUAUGAAGAGUGGCGCAAACGAAGGAUAGCAAAGUCACAGGCUGUACUGGAAUCAAACAAAAAGUAG